AGUUGCAGGGUCGUCCAACUGUAUCAUUCAAAGAAAGACCAGUACAACAUCCUCUUCCUGACCUAUGAGGACAUGAUCUUGGACCUGAAGGCAGCAGUAACUAAGAUCUGCAGUUUCUUAGGAAAAAACCUCAGUGAAGCAGCCAUUGAUGAAGUUGUAGAAAAAGCCACAUUUAAAACAAUGAAGAAAGACACAAAAGCCAACUAUGAAUUUGUAUCAAAAGACGAGAUCAGUGGAAACUUCAUGCGCAAAGGUCAGAUUGGUGACUGGAAGAACGUCUUUACUGUUGCCCAGAGUCAAAGAGUUGAUCAGCUGCUUCAGGAGAAAAUCAGUGAGCUGUCUCUGAAGUUCAUCUGGGAAUAA